UUCACUGCGUGCGUGUGCAUAUGUGUAUCUGUGCAUUUGCAUUAAGGGUUUUGACGGUUUGUGUUCGUAGCAGAGAUGAACAGCAGGAGAAGAGCACACCACGCUGAGUUUUGCUUUCUCCCCGAUUCCUUAGCCUCAGGGAAUCGGUCGUGAAUCGAAUCUCUCCCCAACAAACCCGCAAAGUUCAGGAAAUAGGAGACAAAGAAAGAGAGAGGUUGUAAUCAUAAUAUCAUAUCAAAUCCCAGCAUCGGAUCUGCAACGUUGGACUUGCACCAACUUCAACUACCAGUAGGAGAAAAAUUAAAUAGAAAAGAAGGAUAAGGGGAAAAGAACAAUUAGAGACUGAUUAGUUGAUGGCUUCAUCAUCUAAUUCCCCUUGUGCCGCAUGUAAAUUUCUCCGGCGAAAGUGUCAGCCGGAGUGUGUCUUUGCUCCGUAUUUCCCACCGGACCAACCACAGAAGUUUGCCAACGUGCACAAAGUCUUCGGUGCCAGUAACGUAACAAAGCUGCUCAAUGAACUCCACCCUCAUCAACGAGAAGAUGCAGUCAAUUCUCUCGCUUAUGAAGCCGAUAUGCGGUUGCGUGAUCCGGUUUACGGUUGUGUCGGGGUGAUUUCUCUCCUUCAGCAUCAAUUGCGUCAACUGCAAAUGGAUCUUAGUUUUGCUAAAUCUGAGUUAUCCAAAUACCAGAACGUCGGCAUCACCGGACAUGGUCUAAUCGCCGCUGCUGCUGCCGCUGCAGCAGCCAAUCAUCAUCCUCAGAUUGGGAUAAGUCUCUUGAGUGGUAGUAGAGACCAUCAUCACCAUCACCAAAACCACUAUCAAUUCUUCUCUAGGGACCAACAACAAGCCAUGAGAGGUUUUGAUGCUAACAAUGCUUAUGAUGCUACUAGCCUUAUGGCCUUGAAUGCAUCAGCAAGUAUAGGGCAGUUGGGUCAAUUCCAGCAGGCCCGAGCUGCCGGCGACGAUCUCCGAAGCAUUGGGCCAUCUUAGAAUGUAGCUCUCUAUGGAUCAUUAAGUACUUUCCCAACUCCAUUUCAGAGGUAAAAUUUUCUCUCUGUGUCAAAAUUUUUAUCAUCUUAUGUAUGAGACUCUGGGUACUCCUUAAUAAACAAUACGCAUGUCUGUUAUA